UGUGACUAUACGCGAGUUGCAGAGAAUAAACGGGAUGCAGUCAGAUGCCUUAUAUGAAGGCGCGGUGCUGCUUGCACCUAAAGGCGCCAUCACCCCCCCUCCCCUUGACGUCCGCCCUGGCCUCCGCCGCACCAACCGCCUGCUCUUCUCGCGCCUGUGGGUCCGCCCACCAGCCCUCGGCCAACCACAGCGCGACACGUGGCGCUUCCACCCUGGCACACGGCACCGGCUGAACCAAGCAAAAGCGCGGUGGGAUGAGGCACGGAGGAAGGGGUUUCACCGGCUGCUGCAGGGGUGGCUGCCUCUGCGCUCGCCCAUGGAUGGCUGCUCUGACUGUUUCGUGAGCAGCCCCUUUGGGCCCAGAUGGGGGUCCUUUCAUCGGGGCGUUGACGUGGCCGCAGAGGAGGGAGAGCCAAUCAGAGCGGCUCGCAGUGGCGUAGUGACGCAUGUCGGAGACAUGGACGUGUAUGGCAAUCUGGUCACACUGGCGCACGAGGCGGGCUUCACCACCCACUACGCGCACUGCUCCAAGAUGCUCGUGCAAGCGGGGCAGAGGGUGCGAGCAGGGCAGGUGGUGGCGCUGGUGGGCAACACUGGUCGGUCCAUGGGGCCGCAUCUGCACUUUGAAGCUUCCCCCUCCCAUGGCUCCGCGAUCUACAUCGUCCGCCUGCGCUCUGCACCGCCCAUUGCCUCGUACCGCGGCGGAUUCGCCGGCUACCCGGCAACGGCCGCUUGGGACAACAACCCUAACGGCAACACUCCAGGCGCCGCAUCAAGCGAUGAGGCCGGCGAUGGCGUUAGCGCGGCUUCUGUUCCAAGCAACGGUGGCGUUGGCACUGCGUCUGUUGCUCCUGCUGCUGCGGCUGCUGCCACUGCCACCAGCGGUUCAGGGGGCACAAACCGUCCGCUGUGGCGGCCGCGGUUGAACGUGAGGGCGCCGGGCGUGAGGGCGUUCAAGCAGCUGCUGCAGCGCAUGCAGCAGGCCGUGCUGAGAGACAGCGGGGUGGCCGCCGGGAAGAUGGUCUAUAGCUACGUGCACACAGACAACGGCUUCUCGGCGGCCCUCACGGCAGCGCAGGUGCAGCGCAUGAGGCGGCACCCCUCCGUGGCGUCCGUCACGCCCUCUCGCACCAUCACACGCCGCCGCGCCGUCACUGCCGCCGCCGACGGGCACAAGUCUCUCAAGCUGUCCCACGCCCGUGCUGCUGAUGUUGCCGCUCCCGCUGCUGCCACCCCCGCUGCUGCUGCUGCCACUCCUGCUGGAGCGCCGAGUGACGGCGAAGGCACGGUUAUUGGAAUUCUGGACAGCGGCGUGUGGCCGGAGCACCCCUCCUUUGACGACACUGGCUACAGCAGCACGCCCCCUGCUGGGUGGGCGGGCACGUGUCCCACUACAAGCGACUUCGCUUGUAACAACAAGAUCAUCGGAGGGGGCAUCUUUCGCGCGGGGUUUGAGAGCGAAUAUGGAGGACAGGGCCCACACGACGACGAGUGGGCCUCCCCGCGCGAUUCUGAUGGCCAUGGCACGUGGUGUGCCGGAGCAGCAGCGGGCAACAGCGGCGUGGAGGUGCCUGACGGGGGCACCAUCAGUGGCGUGGCUCCCAAGGCACGCCUGGCCAUCUACAAGGUCUAUUGGUAUCUGGGCGGCCCUGGCGAGUCUGUCACUACCGACGCAGAUGUCUUUGCAGCCGUUGAUCAGGCAGUGGCGGACGGUGUGCUCACGUUGUCCCUGGACAACACGAACAGAAACGCGGUCUGGGAUCAGUUUGACAUGUGGAAGUGGACCUAUUUUGACGACGUGCCUUUCCUCGGUGCUCUUGCGGCCGGGGUGACUGUGUCUUUUGCAGUGGGCGAUGAGGGGAGGUCCUUUUACCGUUACCUGUACGGUCCUUUCCCUGCCAUUGACAACUUUGCACCCUACUAUAUCAGCGUGGGGGCCAGUACCGUGCCUCAGGAAUCCCUCACUUCAUCGUCUACAACAACAGCAGCAGCGUUAGAAUCUCCAGCAAACACCACAGGCCCAUCAGCAUCAACACUGCUGGGAACCCAACUCCCCACCACCAUCUCCCCUGCAGCCACCUCCCUCCCCAUGGUUCCCGAAUGGUCCUCCACCGGCCCUCUUGCCGCGCGGGGCUGCACCGUCUGCCACCCGAAGAAAGCCCGCCCCUCCAACACCAUCCUCAAGCCUGACAUCAUCGCCCCGGGGGCCGACAUCCUUGCGGCUGCUCCGGGGACAACCGUCGGCGAGACGGGGUCGUUUUCGGCUUACAAUAACGAGACUGCCGUGGCGGCGGCGCAUGUUGCCGGUGUUGCUGCUCUGAUCAUCCAGCAGCAUCUUGAUUGGACGCCCGCGCAGGUCAUGUCUGACAUGAUGACGACAGCGCGCAGCACUGACAACAGCAACAGAAUGAUCCGGAAUGUGAACGGCAAGCCGGCGACUCCGUGGCAGAUGGGAGCGGGGCAUGUGUUUCCCGCUAGGGCGCUUGACCCCGGGCUGACCUACGAUGCCGGGGAGCAAGAUUUCCGCAACUUUCUUGCUGGGAUGAAUUUCACGAUGGCCCGAGAGGCAUUCGGGCAGGUGCCACUGAAACCCGUUGCAGCGAGGCACCUAAACCGGCCGUCUAUCUCGCUGGUGAACAUACCGCUGGUAGUGAAUAAACUCGCCGCUAGGCGGACUGUGACGAGUGUCUCAGGCACCACAUCGACCUAUAGGGUGACGGUUAAUGUCCCUGAGGCAGUGAGAGUGAGAGUGGUGCCAUCGCAGUUUACCAUAGCGCCUGGGCAACGGGUCAGUUUCAAGGUGAAGGUUGUGCUUGAGCCCCUCAUCCAGCAGCAGCACAGGCAGGGGCUACAUAAGAGGCGCUUCAAAGAAGAUUCCAGCAGCUCAGGCAGGGAGAACACCACCACCAGCGACAGUUGA